AUGGGAAAAAAUACCCUCAGACAGUCCAACUGCUUUGUACAGUCUUCUCAAUUCCUACUGGCCAGACUUGAAUACGGUGAUGGAGUUACGCUGAGGGCUUCGAAUAGCCUCUUCCCCAUUCCUCUAAACCCACAGACUAGCCGCCCCUCCCCUCUUCAGCGCCCUAGUUACGCACAAAUGUGCACUUUUGCUCUGGCCACUCCAAUACUGCCCAAAUGCAUCAACGACUCCUCUCUCAUCAGACAUCUGGCCUCGCUGAAUCCGUUUACGUCUCGUGUCCGACUUCCUUUCAUCUUGAUCCCUAGUCGCCCGACUGGGAUUCCAAGAAUGUGCCGAUUAGUCACUCUAAAUCUAGUCCCACUUCAGACCACCCCUUUCAACUGA